UCCCUCCACCCAUUGUCAUUCGCCACGAUACUCCAAUCCAUUGAGGUUGCGCCCCGAUCAGUGAAACUCGUGAGCACCGUUGACAUUACCAUCAAUUUCUGAACGAAAUCUAUUUUCGAUCCGCUGAAGAAAGUUGCUGCAGCUUCAGAGUUCCGAGAGCUUUGUCCAGAGGAUCAGAGCCGGCAAAGCACUUGGAAAUCUGCCAUGCUCCAAUAACUUUCUAGCCAGCUGGUUUAUACAUUUUCCAAGAGACCUCCAAGGACGCUUCAUUUGCUAUUAUAACACUUUUUUUUGAUAUAUCCUUAGAUUUUCUGCCGUGGUCAACCGUCCGCUGCUCUCACUUGAUCUAGACAUUCCUACUUUGCUUCAUUCAUCCUUUACCCACAUUGCACAAUUUCCCACAAAGGGAACUCCGAUCACAACAUGCCUCCUCGCUCGUCGUUAACAUCGUCUUUUGCCUUGAAUGACACCAAGGAAGAGGUUCACUGCCCCCUCGACAACCAAGAUGGCUCAAAGUGUCGUAAGAGAUGUACUGGUGAAAAACGAUAUCGCUCCAUGCAAGAGCAUAUUCGUCGUGCCCAUCAGGAGCACUACAUUCCCAAGCUUCCUGCUACAGAGGAGAGCUUCUUACUGAUGAUCAACACACCACCAUCAGAAUCGCGCAACAACAAUUCCAGCUCAUCCAGCGGCCAGGGCUUCUACGACAACUCGGCAUAUGCUUUUGACGAAUUGAGCAAUAAUCCAGCGACACCACGCAAUUGGGACGACAUUGCUCGCCUUGAAGGUACCGCCAGUGCCGCUGCUGCACUUGCAGGCCUGGGGGGCUCAUAUGACAGGGACUCUGCCGACGGUGAUCAUUAUUCGCACAUUGACAGCAGUGCCAAUCGGCCCAGAACCAGUGUCGAGCAUCCGACUAGGCUACCGGGCAUCGAGCACAUUGGCGACAUUCGAAGUGAUCCGUUUUCGAACCAAGCCCGAAGACCCAUUUCAAGCAUUCUCAACCACUCGCCACCGAACCGCAGCUCGACCCUCCCCCCAUCAAACGGGCCUCUCGGUCCUAACCGUGGACGAAAGUCGUCGGUCAGCAAGAAGUCACAACAUCGCAAGAAGCUGUCGCGAGAAAUCGCUCACGACUGGCUGCACAGGGUGCAGAACGAGGACAGGCCUUUUGGAUACGAUGGCCGCCCUUACUCUGCGGAACCCACUGCCCUCGAUCCCUCGCGUAUGCGUGGACAAUCGAGAAUCCACGAACUGCUCGAGGCAGCGUCAAUGAGUGGUGAUUUAGAUGAUAGAACAUCGGUCCCAAGGUCACCAAUUUCGAACGACAACCGCGGUUCGUUGCCUCCACUGGCGGCCUACCCACAGCUCUCGUCCAACAACUACCAGGCAUCGCCUCUGCAACAGGCCCUGACGCCGCCGUCCAACACACAUGAUAUCAUGCCCUUCCCCUCCGUCGAGGACAGCGACCCUUAUAUCGGUGGCUCAGCGCUGUCGGACUCUUCGCCGACCUUGACAGCUCGCAAGCCAUGCUUGUACUGCAGCGCCUGCCACAGCGCUGCCGACGUCAACAAAUCCUAUGCCUGCACAGAAUGCAUCAGUGGCUUCUGCAGUGCUUGUGUCGAGGUGCUCACAAAGGAGCACGGAGAGCGAAGGCAAUGUCCCCGCUGCAACACCAUCGGCGGGAUGUUCAAGCCCAUUCAACUCGAGAUCAAGAUGAGGUAGAUGAACCAGGCCGGAACAAAUGACCGACUCCCCGGCUCGCGCAAGGCACUCAUCGUUCUAUGGCGCUUGGGGGACCUUUUGAUACUUUUUUUCUGAUUGCUCAUGUUUGCAUGUUGCUGUUUCUGGCGCUAUUGUUUUCUGACUCUGUCUGGGUAGGGUUUUUGUACUGUACUCACAUUGUUCUUCAGCGUUCAUGGGGGCGGCGUUUGAUACUUCAUA